UCAAACUGCAUAGUGCUCAGAUUGGGUUAGAAUAGCUAUCAGACUGGACACAUGUGAAUCCAUGGAUCGAUGUUGAUUAUUUUUUAGUUUUCAUAUAUGAAUCCAUGGCAGAAAUAAUUAAGGAAAAAGAAGAAAUCCAAGAAUUUCUAAAAAAUCUAGGAAUUGAAUAUCGAUUCAGUUGUUAUUCAGAAAAAAAUCCUCAAGGAUGUCAACUAUUAGGUGAUUAUUUAUCUCAAAUAGAUAAUGACUAUGAAAAAGCCAACAAAGUUUAUAGAGAAAAUUGCGAUGAACGUAAUUAUGGUCGAAGUUGUUCGAGUUAUGGAAUGAAUCUGUUGAAUGGUCGAGGAUUUACAAAAAGACAUCGAGAUUUCAAAGCUGCGUUAAAAUAUUUCACCAAAGCAUGUGAAUUGAACGAUGCGACUGGUUGUGAUUUUGCUGGAAAAAUUCUUGCCGGUUUUGAACAACCAUUACUAAAAUAUAUUGAACCAGAUUUUGAAAAAGGUUUAAGUUAUCUAGAACGUGGCUGUAAUCUUGAAUCUUCCGGACAAUUAUUUGAAUCAAGUGAAAGCUGUUAUGCAGCUGCUUUUAUGUAUGCAUCAGGUAUAAAAGAUAAGCUACCACAUAAUAACGAAAAAGCCAUCAAAUUCGGAACAAAAGCUUGUGAUUUAGGAAAUAUGAAUAGUUGUAAAUUAGUAUCGAUUGUUUAUAAACGUUGCAAUAACGAAGAAAUGUCCGAAAAAUUUAUGGCCCAUUAUGAACGAUUAAAGAAACAAGUUACCGAAAAUGUUAGCAUUGAAAUGCAACGUACAUAAUGUGUUUGUUACAUUUUUUCCUUUGUUGUUAUUUAGCAUAUGUAUAGUUUUUCUUUCUUU